AUUCUUUCAGCCAUUAUGAUUAUACUAGCAAGAAUUUUUCCAAGACUAACUCAUCCUUUAAGAAUAGGAUUAGCCAUCCUUAUUCUAACUAUUUUUAUAGCAGCAACUUUAGGAAUACUAUCCACCAAUUUUUGACUGUCAUAUAUCUUAAUUUUAGUGCUGUUGGGGGGGCUUCUUGUAAUUUUUAUUUAUAUUUCUUUACUGGCUUCAAAUGAAUUGUUUUCCAAAAAAAAUAUCCUAAAAAUAUUAUUUGGAAGCAUUAUAAUACUUUUUUUUACCCUAUUUUAUUCUAAUUUAUUUUUUUGAACAACAAAAAGAGAAGGAGUUCUAUCAGUUAAAUCAAAUAAUAAUGAAGGGUUAAUAUGGUUGAAUUCUUUGUAUUCUUUAGAUUUGGGGGGAGUCACAGUAUUUCUUGUAUUUUAUCUUCUUUUAACUCUCAUUGUAGUUGUUAAUAUCACUAAAUCUGACUCUUCAUCCCUUCGUGCGCACUAA